GUCUUGAGAACUGUAGAUUGCGUUGCCGUUAUGAUGCCGUGUUAUUGGAACUCUGGCCAAAAAUGGAACUCGUGUUGCAAUAAUUGAGUUUUUAAAGCUAUCCCAUGGAAAACAAGUACACAAUCCUACAAAUUAAAAAAAAAAAAAAAAGCUUGAAAAAGAUCCUGUUUAUGUUGUGCCCCUUCUCGAAAUGUUUGUCUUGGUGGUGGGGGUCCUGACAGCUGAGCCGAAGGAAUGGCCCCAGACUGGGCGCUCAAAGUCGAGAACUGUUACUGGGUCCCUGACCUCUUCUGUGAGCUCGCCAUCCCCUCCAGGAAACUGAUUUAAUCCUUUCGGAUUUUUUUGUUCAAUCAGUUUAUAGUUUCCAGGAGGAAUAUCUUGUAAUGCGCCCCCCCCCCCCACCAAAGUAAAGUGAGUGUCAGUAGAUGCUUUUUUUUUUUACUGUCAAAAAGGAAAAAGAAAAUGGGGCAGGAGAGAAGGAACCAGGGAAAGGGCUGUUUAGAAAUACAGUUUGUGGCUCAGAGCGAUGCCACUGGCUUCCUCUACAGAGACUGCCAGUUUCCCUUUUUCUUUGCAAGGUGUGUGUGGUUUUGAUAAAUAACUUAAGAAAAAAAUUAAGAGGGGGGCCGGCAAGAUCCGUCAGGAGACAGGUAUCUAUUUUGCUCGCUAUUUACUACCAAGAGCCUUUGGCACUUGAACAGAACCUCGUAAAUCUGCAGCCCAAGUUGAAGUUCAUCUGGCCCUAGUCCACACGCUAUUCCUGGAGGUAGCAAACAUGAGCUCAAAGGAACGAGGUGAAAUCACAUUCUCGCUUUAAAAUAUAUGCUUUUUUUUUUUUUAAAGGAGAAAAGAUAAUGUGACUCUGGGGGAGGAGGAAAUGGAAAGGGAGUACCAGGAGAUGGGCAUUCCCUGCCUUAAAUGACUGUAGUUGAGUUUUGAGGCCAAAAUAGAAGCCUGCGGAUGGGAAAUAGUCCCCCCUCUCUCCAUUUAUAAAUAGAAGUUUCCAAUAUCCUACUUGGAAGACUUUCCAAUACUGCAGGCCCAACCAUUGACUGAUUUUAAGGGUCUGUUGAUAGUGACCAUAAGGCUAUCUGUUUGUAAAAACAGAGCAACUUGAAGGAGAAAGCAGAUAGAAGUGGGAAUUCUCCAACUAGUUAUUUCCUCUAUGCUCAGUUUCUAAGGGUUCUACCCCUUGCUUUCAUGAAAAACAAAUGUCCCAUUUUUAUUCUGGGUUUGGGACAGGAAUGGGACAGUAAACUCUUCAGCUAUCGUUAGCUGAGCCUUAAAGAGUUCCAGUUAUUGGUUGAGUAAAUGGUAGCCAUGACUAGAUGUCAAAAUUCUUCCUUCCCUCUCUCCUUUGCUGGGUAGCCACACUCACAACCCACUUUGUUGUGAAAAAUUCAGAUUCAGAGGAGGUGGUGCGGCAGCGCCACCCCUCGGUGGAUGAAACUAUCUAUUUGCAAAAGUCAAAUAUUUGAAAAAUAUUGUGAAAUGACCUUAUGAGGAUUUUUUUUUCUUUAGGAAGGAGAGAUAAAGCUAGCUUUUUAAAAAGUUGAUUUCUCAAAAGGAGGGAGAAAAACGGUUUUCGAGCUAGGAUGGUGUCAAAAUAGGCAAAGUAGUUCGAGAGUGUGUGUGUGUGUGUGUGUGUGUGAUGGGGGGAGGGUUGCCUGGUUGGCUUUAAGUAGGCGAGUUUUACAGGCGGAAGUAGCGCGCCCCCCCCCCCACCCCGCCGCCUUGGACUUGACUUCUCUGGGCACCCGAAUUCUGCUGCCUGUCUGAUACUGAGAUAAGAAGGAAUGUUUUGGUGUAAAAAAAAAAAAAAAAAAAAUACUGACUGGAAGUCCUGUAGUUUUUGCUGGCGGUGGAGAUGGUGUCUGUGGGGGGUUGGUUGGGGAGGGAGGGUUGUGGAUUGCCAGGGGCAGUGGCAGGCUGAUCUGUAGCCGGUCUGGAGACCUCUGGGAGUUAAAGUAGUGUGGCGCGUGCCAGUUUCCUGCACUGCGCAACAAGUGGGAAAGCUGCCGCAGUGAUCGGAGCGAGAGUGCUGGGUUGUGGGAAAGCUGACCGGUUUCUCCUCGCCCCACUGGAAGCCAGAACGGCUCCUCCCUACCCUGCCCGCCUCCCACUCCGAGACCACAGCCCCACCAAAAGACCAACUCGUCCCCACUCCCCCAUCCGCGAUUUAGCUAAGCGCUAUAAGACUGGGUGGGACCCUUCUUCUGCCCUUGGCCUCCAAGGUCUCUUUUCUCCGUGGGAAUCAGUUUGUACCCGACUUUUUUGGUGGUCGACAGGAUUUGGCAGGAACCUCUGCCAAUACUGCCGAGUGCCAUCCUGCUUUUUGAAGACAAGUGCAUUCUUUCUUUCUGUUCCCAAUACAUUUAGGGCUGGAAAAAUCUACGUAUAAUACACGCACUCAGCUUCAGAUAUUGCGUUGUGGUUGCUAGAGGUGUGAGCAUGGGGAGAAACGAAUUACCUUCUGUAAAUUAAAAUGUUUUCCUGCUUUGCCCUAUGGAGGCAAUCCCCUCCCCCUAAUACACCACAACAGCAGAAAGGUGGGGGGCAGUCGAGGUGUGGAAGGCUGUGGUCGCGCGGCGGUUUUCGGACGGACUGAGUCCGCCACCUAGUGGUAGGUCUUGGCGGAGUUCCCCGCUUUGGGCAUUAGACAGACCGCGUCACCUUCGGGUCCCCAAGUAUCUCAACCAGGUGCUAGGACUGAUGGAGGGCACCCUCCAAUGAGGAUGACAUCCAACCUCCAAAGUUUUGGUAAGGCGGAGGAAAAUUGGAAGGGCUGCGGAUGCUUACCCCAUUCAUGUCGAUCAGCGACGGGCAGAUAUCUGCAUCUGCUUAGAGAACCAAAAAGCACCCCCUUUUGAAAACACUGCCUCCCAGUUGCUGUGGCCUUUCCCGGGGCAAAGUCUACAGUGGAGGGAUACCACAAGGGCUCUAGGACAUACAGCUCUUUACAGUGAGGAAACUGGCUUGAUGUGAGGGUUAAUGGGGAGUUAGUGACCUAACCGGAACCAGAUUUUAAGCUUCUGGAUUCCAGGUCAGUGACUUCAAGUCAAAGGCGAGUUUGUCUUCGCCCCUUCGAGGUAGCUGAGAAAAAGGAGCAGAAGGCAGAGGGAGCCAUAAUUUUAACCUCUUAGGUAACCAUAAUGGGAAAGAGUUCCUUCCCCAGAUUUCUCCGAGCAACUUGUUUACAAAGUAUGGCCCAAGAUUUUCCGUAACAGACUUUGAAAAGCCCACUGAAGCGCUGAGGGGUGGGAGCAUCAGAUCUUGGGGAGGGGGGGUGUGCGUGUCAGGGCGUGAUUAAAGCCCCGUCCCUAAACUUGCAGAGAUUGCACCUCACUGUGUCGGAGGCUCACAUUUGGAUCCUGAAAUAGCUCUGACCACCCCACCCCCCACUUACAAACUUUGCUUAGUGGAUUGGCGAGAAAUCAGUUGUGUGCGUGGGUCCUAUGGACAGGCAAAGUGUAAUCCACAACAGCUUCUCAGUAAAGUUUUCUCGCUUGGAGUUCAAAACUUAAGAUGGCAAACGCGCGUCCGCGUGCUGGCGGCCCCUAGCGACCACUGGCGCGCACACCCGCGGGAGAAGCCGUUGAUUCCACCGCCCUGGUCAGCAGGAAUCAAGUUCUGCCUCUCCCACUUCGGGAGCUGUUGCAGGCCGCGUUGGAGAAACGCGCCUCUGUUCGGGUUGGAAACGAAUCUGGGGACGUGUUUGAAGAGCGGUCAAGUUUGACUCAUCGUUUUCCAAGGACAGUUAGUGCCUUCCAUCUUCAUUAACGUGAAUAAAGACCUUGGCUGACUUCUGUCCAGAUCGGAUUUUUAAAGGCAUUGUUUGCUUGGGGAGAUCAUGCUUCUGCCCUCCCCCGCCAGCCUUUUUGCAAAGGCCGAGCCCGCUCCAGCCAGGAUGGCCAAAAUAUCUUUGCUCGUGUCUGUUGGCAUUGACUGCCGGCCCUUUCUGGAAGGCAGUCGCGAGCUGGGCGCCCGGGGAGUGUCCCUUCUGCAGCUCCUCUUCAGAUCUUGAUGAUAAAACACAUCCCUCUAUUUUAUUGCAUUUCCUAGAAGCUUGCAGGCUUGCAAGAGCGCUGUUGGCAGGAAGUGUGAUAGAAAUGAAAGUCAGGACAUCAUGUCCCUGAACACCUCCUCGGUCACCCAAAGCGACUGCAGAGGCCACCACGUUAUCAAAUUCACUUUCAUCUACGGUGUUCAAACCCUCCCGCCCCCCAGACAAAAGCGUGAGGGGGUGUUUCUCCCCCAGAACAAAAACAACUCGGCGGUUUGACCCUACCCCCACCCCCGUCCCAACCGCCGGACCCCCGAGACUAGACCCGGGCGGCUCCUUAGCUGAGACGCUGCGGAGAAAGGGAACGCUGCGGCCAGAGCCCUGAUGCGGGUUCCACUGCGGCGGCUCCGGCCUUAUUAAAAUGCCUCGUCCCUGCCUCUAAAGAGUGCUUUGUACUUCCAGAUUCUCCUCUGGAUUUCUCAACGAGUUAUUGGAGUUAUUAGAUUACCAAUAAUCCAAAACCCGACCGGGAUAGAGAAAGGGGGAGGGGGAAAGGCUUUCUCCAAAUCCGGAGACUCAAUCUAAACUAGGUCAUUAGAAGGAGGGGCGGGGCGACAACGAGGAGUCUGUUUUAAGCCUUGAUGGAGGGCUCUCUCUAGUGUCAGGCAGCGGUAAAACAGGAUUAGGUUUGAGCUCCCGGAACCACGGGGACUCCUAAUUUCCAAUAAAUGCAUUUAAUUUUAGCUUCCCUUCCUAGAUUCUCAUCCCAUCCCGUGUUAAAUUGCAGCCUUCGCUUUCACCUUUAUUCUACCCGGCGAAGGGAUGAGAAAGUGGGAUUUUAUGAGGCCAAAGAGGCCCAGUCUUUACUGACCCCGCUCCGGCUGCUGAGGUGCCGCGCGGCGCAGUGUGACGCUACCCGCCAGUUUUAGGACUGCGCUGCGGCCUAAGAGGCUGCAUAUUUCGCCUCCCUACCACCGGGUCCCGCAGGUGCCUCUUGGAGUCCGAUGCUGAGACCGAUUAGGAGAUGGCGCCCGGGGGUUCUAACUCCGAGGAAGGCCCGGGGAGGGCAAGGCAACCUUGGCGCGCCCAUGAACGCGCUAGAGUUUGAGCCCAAGGCUUGUGCCAAUCCUGACCUUUUUAAUCUAUGGUUUCAGAGAAAUCGGAUUCGGAAAUUUCGAAAUCUAGCCAGGCUCGGCCUGGCAGCUUCUAUUCUGGGCGGAAAUCGAGCUGAGCUGGGUUCUCCUUCUUGCCAACGUAGGCGGAAGGGGCUUUCGGUUUAGUUUUCCUUCAGCUCGGGUGGGGCGCGCUGGAUGGAGACCCUCAGCUCUAGGGACUCCAUCUUUUUGACUUGGGGGGCCUCGACCGCCCACUCCCUUUCAAACGAGGGGACGGGAUUGGAGGGGCAAGCAAAGAGAAAGAAAAAGACGCACCAGGCAAACAAACGCCGUAAUGGAGCAACUUGAAGUCAAGCCUGGGAUAGAACGUGAAAUCCUGGCUUUCAGACCCGGCUGUGCUACUAACUUGCCUGACUUUCCCUGUUUAAAAAAUUGUUGUAGGGGAAAGGUUGGACUAGGUGAACUCGAAUAGACUCCUGGACCUGGCGCGGACGAGGGAUUUAGGGGAAAGUGCGCCGUAUUCCCCGCGAGCCUCCCCGGGCGGCCCCCCCUCGCCGGGUGAAUCCCCGGCGGCCCGAGCGGCGCAGGCAGCGAUCCUGGCUGCCGUCGGGGCCGGCAGCUUCCUGGAAAGUUACUUCUCGUUGGAGCCGGCGAUAGGCAGAGAGUGUUCUGUGAAAUCCGCUGAGUUGAGAUCGACUGUGUUCCGGGAAUGAGAGGGCUGUGCCAUUCCCCUCACUGCCCCCUGCCUUGACGGCGUAACAGGAAAAAAAAAAAAAAAAAGGCACACAUAAUGUUAGCUACCGAGGUGCACGAAAAGUUUUACUUGAAUGUAACCAAAUUCACGGCUAUCGCCGGGGCUCCGCCGCGCCCGUGGGGGGCUUCGAGGUGGACGCGCCGCGGUGCAGGCAACACGCCCGGGGGUGGGCGGUCCCUAGCAGACAGGUUUUAAGCAAAAUUUUGGACUGUGAAUCAAGGCACUGGGUGAAGAAAAAUGGCCUCGCCGGCUGACAGCUGUAUCCAGUUCACCCGCCAUGCCAGUGACGUUCUUCUCAACCUUAAUCGCCUCCGGAGCCGUGACAUCUUGACUGAUGUUGUCAUAGUGGUGAGCCGGGAGCAGUUUAGAGCCCAUAAGACAGUCCUCAUGGCCUGCAGUGGCCUGUUCUACAGCAUCUUCACAGACCAGUUGAAAUGCAACCUCAGUGUGAUCAAUCUGGAUCCUGAGAUCAACCCGGAGGGGUUCUGCAUCCUCCUGGACUUCAUGUACACAUCUCGGCUCAAUCUGCGGGAGGGCAACAUCAUGGCCGUGAUGGCCACAGCUAUGUACCUUCAGAUGGAGCAUGUUGUGGACACUUGCCGGAAGUUCAUCAAGGCCAGUGAAGCAGAGAUGGUUCCUGCCAUCAAGCCUCCCCGUGAAGACUUCCUCAACAGCCGCAUGCUGAUGCCCCAGGACAUCAUGGCCUAUCGGGGCCGGGAGGUGGUGGAGAACAGCCUGCCACUGAGGAACGCCCCUGGAUGUGAGAGCAGAGCUUUUGCCCCCAGCUUGUACAAUGGCCUGUCCACACCGCCAGCCUCAUACCCUGUGUACGGCCACCUUCCGGUCAGCAGCUUCCUUUUCUCUGAUGAGGAGCUCCGGGAUGCCCGGAUGCCUAUAGCCAACCCCUUCCCCAAGGAUCGGGCCCUCCCCUGCGACAGUGCCAGGCCAGUGCCCAGUGAGUACAGCCGGCCGGCCAUGGAGAUCUCCCCCGGUGUGUGCCACAGCACCAUCUACUCGCCCAAGGAGGCGGCUCCUGAGGACGCGCGGAGUGACAUGCACUACAGUGUGGCCGAGGGCCCCAAGCCUGCUGCGCCCUCAGCCCGGAGCGCCCCAUACUUCCCCUGUGACAAGGCCGGCAAGGAGGAAGAGCGGCCCUCCUCGGAAGAUGAGAUUGCCCUGCAUUUCGAGCCCCCCAAUGCACCCCUGAACAGGAAGGGUCUGGUUAGCCCACAAAGUCCCCAGAAGUCUGACUGCCAGCCCAACUCUCCCACGGAGUCCUGUAGCAGCAAGAAUGCCUGCAUCCUCCAGACCUCUGGGUCCCCACCGGCCAAGAGCCCCACUGACCCCAAAGCCUGCAACUGGAAGAAGUACAAGUUUAUCGUGCUCAACAGUCUCAACCAGAACACCAAACCGGAGGGGCCUGAGCAGGCAGAGCUGGGCCGCCUUUCCCCUCGAGCCUAUGCUGCCCCGCCAGCCUGCCAGCCACCCAUGGAGCCUGAUAGCCUUGACCUCCAGUCCCCAACUAAGCUCAGCACCAGUGGGGAGGACUCCACCAUCCCACAGGCCAGUCGGCUCAACAACAUUGUCAACAGGUCCCUGACUGGCUCCCCCCGAAGCAGCAGCGAGAGCCACUCGCCGCUCUACCUGCACCCCCCCAAGUGCACGUCCUGUGGCUCGCAGUCCCCGCAGCAUGCAGAGAUGUGCCUGCAUGCUGCUGGCCCCACGUUCCCCGAGGAGCUGGGGGAGACCCAGUCUGAGUACUCAGAUUCCAGCUGCGAGAAUGGGGCCUUCUUCUGCAAUGAGUGUGACUGCCGCUUUUCUGAGGAGGCUUCCCUCAAGAGGCACACGCUGCAGACCCACAGUGACAAACCCUACAAGUGUGACCGCUGCCAGGCCUCCUUCCGCUACAAGGGCAACCUCGCCAGCCACAAGACCGUCCACACGGGUGAGAAACCCUAUCGUUGUAACAUUUGCGGGGCCCAGUUCAACCGACCGGCCAACCUGAAAACCCACACCCGAAUUCACUCUGGAGAGAAGCCCUACAAAUGCGAAACGUGCGGAGCCAGAUUUGUCCAGGUGGCCCACCUCCGUGCCCAUGUGCUCAUCCACACUGGCGAGAAGCCCUAUCCCUGUGAAAUCUGUGGCACCCGAUUCCGGCACCUUCAGACUCUGAAGAGCCACCUGCGAAUCCACACAGGAGAGAAACCUUACCAUUGUGAGAAGUGUAACCUGCAUUUCCGUCACAAAAGUCAGCUCCGUCUUCACUUGCGCCAGAAGCACGGUGCCAUCACCAACACCAAGGUGCAAUAUCGCGUGUCCGCCACUGACCUGCCCCCGGAGCUCCCCAAAGCCUGCUGAAGCAUGGAGUGUUGAUGCUUUCCAUUCGAGCCCCUUUUCGGAAUCUACCCAAAGGAUACUGUAACACUUUACAAUGUUCAUCCCAUGAUGUAGUGCCUCUUUCAUCCACUAGCGCAAAUCCUAGCUGGCGGGGGCGGGGUGGGGGGAGGGGCGGGGGACGGGGCGCCAGGGCAGCUCCCCUUCCCCCACUGCCGUAAAACUUUAAGAAAAUAAUAUUGCUUCUUCUCCUAUGUGUACGGCGAACCAUGUCAGCAAAAAGCAAAAUCAUUUUAUAUAUCAAAGCGGGGGAAGUACGCAAAAGUUCUGACUUGACUUAGUCUGCAAAAUGAGGAAUGUAUAUGUUUUGUGGGAUCAGAUGUUUCUUUUGUAUGUAAAUGUGCAUUCUUUUAAAAGAAGAGACUUCGGUAUGUUAUCAAAGAGAGGGCUUUAAUUUUUUUAACCAAAGGUGAAGGAAUAUAUGGCAGAGUUGUAAAUAUAUAAAUAUAUAUAUAUAAAAUAAAUAUAUAUAAACCUAAAAAAGAUAUAUUAAAAAUAUAAAACUGCGUUAAAGGCUCGAUUUUGUAUCUGCAGGCAGACACGGAUCUGAGAAUCUUUAUUGAGAAAGAGCACUUAAGAGACUAUUUUAAGUAUUGCAUCUGUAUAAGUAAGAAAAUAUUUUGUCUAAAAUGCCUCAGUGUAUUUGUAUUUUUUUGCAAGUGAAGGUUUACAAUUUACAAAGUGUGUAUUAAAACAAACAAACAAAAAGAACAAAAAAAGCUGCGGAAGGAGAAAACGUGUAGUUUUGUUCUAGUUUUCGGUUUGUAUAUACCCGUACAACGUGUCCUACGGUGCCUUUUUUCAUGGAAGUUUUCAACAGGGGACGACUGCGCCAUCCCUUUUGGACGUGUAGGCAGACACAGGGACUUGGAGUUGUCACUAACUAAACUCUCUUUGGGAAUGUUUGUCUCAUCACAUUCUGCGUCAUGCUUGUGUUAUAACUACUCCGGAGACAGGGUUUGGCUGUGUCUAAACUGCAUUACCGCGUUGUAAAAUAUAGCUGUACAAAUACAAGAAUAAAAUGUUGAAAAGUCAAA